AUGCACAGCAGCAAGCGAGGGGAUUGCUCUGCCAGCGUGCAGGAGUCAGGGCUCUGCAUCUGGGCUCAACACUGCAAAGUUCCCGUGUUCGGACAGACGAAGGGGCUGUCCCCGGGGCGCGCGGGGCUCGGCCGCGGGGCUCGGAAGGCGCAGGAGGCCCUGCAGGAGCGGUACCGGCUGGGCUCGCUGCUGGGGCGCGGCGGCUUCGGCAGCGUCUUCGCGGCCACGCGGCUCUCGGACGGCGCCCCGGUGGCCAUCAAAAGGGUGCCACGGGAGCGCGUCCGGCACUGGGGCGAGCUGCCUGACGGCACUAGAGCACCGCUGGAGAUCGUGCUGCUGGACAAGGUGUCCACUGGCUUCCCCGGUGUGGUGCAGCUGCUGGAGUGGCUUGAGCUCCCCAACAAAAUUGUGAUGGUGCUGGAGCGGCCACAGCGGUGUCAGGACCUGCGGCAUUUCAUUCGGGCACGGCGGUUCCUGUCUGAGGAGGUGGCGCGGGAGCUGUUCCGCCAGGUGCUGGAGGCCGUGCAGCACUGCACCAGCUGCGGGGUCCUGCACAGGGACAUCAAACCAGAGAACAUCCUGGUUGACCUGGCCACCGGGCAGGCCAAACUGAUUGACUUUGGCUGUGGCACCUACCUGCAAGACACAGGCUACACGCACUUUGCAGGAACACGGUCAUACAGCCCCCCGGAAUGGAACCACUAUGGCUGGUACCAUGGCAAGGCAGCAACGAUCUGGUCCCUGGGCAUCCUGCUGCACCAGAUGGUCUGUGGGGAGCACCCUUUCAGGACGGGCUGGAACAUCUGCUGGGGAUAUUCAUCUGCCCUAGAAGAAGGGAGAGAGUCCCAGGCACACUUUGAUCCCGGGCCCUGCGAGGAUGACAUCAAGGAUGACAAGCUCUUCCUCAGCCUGACCACCGGUGGUUGA